AAACAUUUCAUCCAAACUUAAUUUAUUCUUAUUUCAAAUCGCUUCUUCUUCUCCUCCAUUGCUGGCUAAGGCCGCCAUCUUUAAGACAUUAAUUAACAUCAAUUAUCUUAUAAACAAAUUUCCAAUUUGUUGUUGUUGUUGUUGUAUAAAUUGGUAAUUAGUGUUACGAAUUUAGGGAGUUUGAAGAUGGUGGCAAUGCAUGUGGAGCAACUCAAUCAAUUAAAGGACAUUUUCACGAGGUUCGACAUGGAUUCCGAUGGCAGCCUUACGAUUUUGGAGCUGGCGGCGUUGCUCCGGUCGUUAGGACUUAAACCGACGGGGGAUCAAAUCCAUGUUCUAUUGGCCAACAUGGAUUCUAAUGGCAAUGGUGCAGUGGAGUUUGAAGAAUUAGCGAAUGCCAUUGUACCUCAUAUGAAUGAACAGGUACUUGUAAAUCAAGAGCAACUCAUGGAGGUAUUUCAUUUGUUCGAUCGUGACGGUAACGGCUACAUCACACCGGCGGAAUUGGCGGGUUGUAUGGCUAAAAUGGGGCAACCGUUAUCGUACCGAGAGUUAACGGAGAUGAUCAGAGAGGCUGAUGCGGAUGGAGAUGGUGUGAUUAGCUUCAAUGAGUUUUCUACAGUAAUGGCUAGGUCAGCCCUGGAUUUUCUAGGCGUUCGUUUAUCUAUGUAACCAAAGAUUUUUCUGGUUUUAAUGUUUAGGUGACAUGGUUGAUUUGGGUCCCAGAUUUAAAUUGCUGUCAUACUCAUAUCCAUCGUAAAUAUCAUAAUCUUACGUUUGUAGGCCACUCUUUAAAUCAUGGAUUUUUCUUUUUCCUUUUUGUGUGUAAAUGUGAAUUUCUAAAAAUACAUGAUUAUGUAUCUCUAACUUAGUCUUUAAUUCCAUUCAUCAAUAUAUAUUACAGGAAUAA